UGUAGCUGUGGAAUAUGUCCUUAUUCGCCGACUCCCCAAAGACGAACCGGGCGAUGUUUUGAAGGCAAAUCUCUCUCUCUCUCUCUCUCUCUCUCUCUCUGAGGAAGCGUGGAACCCUCGACAGCUUUGAAGGCAAUGAUGAAGUUCCGAACAUACGCGGGGUUUAGCUUGGUGGGUGCAAUCACCAUUAUUUACCAUGCAUUCAGCAGUCGGGGCCAGUUCUACCCAGCCACAGUCUAUCUAUCAGCCUCCAAGAUUAGUUUGGUGGUGCUUAUGAACAUGUGUUUGGUCAUCAUGUGCGCUCUUUGGCAGUUAACCAAAUUCUUGUUUCUUGGGUCUCUCCGAGAAGUCGAAGUUGAGAGGUUGAAUGAACAGUCAUGGCGGGAGGUUAUGGAAAUUAUCUUCACGCUCACAAUAUUCAGACAAGAUUUUUCAGUCACAUUUCUUGCGAUGGUCACAGCCCUUCUGUUGAUUAAGGCCUGGCACUGGAUGGUUCAGAAGAGGGUUGAGUACAUUGAGACGACUCCUUCAGUUCCAACAUUGUCCCAUGUUCGGAUUGUUUCAUUUAUUGUGUUCCUUCUUGCCCUGGAUUGUCUCAUCUUCUAUGGUUCUUUUAAGUAUCUGAUACAGACGUGGCGGCCAUCUGUUGCACUCUUCUUUGCCUUCGAGUACAUGAUACUAGCAACAACAACGUUGUCAACAUUUGCAAAAUAUGUUUUCUAUGUCUGUGAUAUGCUGAUGGAAGGGCAGUGGGAGAGAAAGGCAGUGUACACCUUUUACUUGGAACUUGUUCGCGAUCUGCUUCACUUAUCUAUGUAUCUUUGUUUCUUCCUAUUGAUCUUCGUGUACUAUGGUCUGCCACUGAACUUAAUUCGAGAGAUCUAUGAGACAUUCCGUAACUUUAAAGUUCGUGUUGCUGAUUAUAUUCGGUAUCGGAAAAUCACCUCAAAUAUGAAUGAGCGUUUCCCAGAUGCAACAUCUGAAGAACUCGACGCAGGUGAUGCAACAUGCAUUAUUUGUCGUGAGGAGAUGAUCAAAGCAAAAAAGCUGCUUUGCGGACACCUUUUCCAUGUGCAUUGUCUGCGGUCAUGGUUGGAGCGGCAACAUACGUGCCCAACUUGCAGAGCUUUAGUUGUUCCCCCUGAAAAUGGGCUAGCUCCCACUGGUGGGCAACACGGAGUGCAACCUGAGAUUCGUCCUCACGGAUCAGGUGUUACUGGAACAUCUGCGCAGAGUUCUGAAGGUAAUGCCGUGGAUAAUGAUAUGAGCCAGCACCAAGCCCGGCUGCAAGCUGCCGCCGCUGCUGCUUCAGUAUAUGAGAAGUCAUUUAUUUAUCCGCCUGCAAAUACAUUUUUAUGGACCCCAGCAUAUGCUUUGCUACCUCAGACUGGUAUGUUGGCCUUCCAUGGAGAGAACACAGAUCCAACCAUUGAAACAACUACUUCUGGACAAUUGCAAGAACAUGGAGAUAAAAGUGAUCCAAAGAUUUUAAACAUGUUGGGUUCUCAAUUGCAAGCUCAGGAAAGAUUUCUCUGGCACCAGAUUGAGUUUCACCAAAGCCAGCUGCAACUUCUGCAGCAACAGACGGUGGAGGAAUCGAAGGUUGCUGUCGCUGGGGUGGUGUCCCCUGCCAUGCCAGAUGGCAAGGGAAAGACUGCAGCAGCUGGUGCUGCUUCUGCAUCUGUUUCUGACUGUGGUCGUCACGGGGAGAUUGAAGAAGCUAACACAAACUAAGAAAUGUAACAAGAUUAGGAGAUUGAGAAAUAGGUAGGGUAUACUUCAAAUGUUUUAGAUUUAGGGUUUGUUUGGUUUCCAGUAGGGUAUUGAUAUGCUGGUCUACCUUUACCACCUUCCGACAGUGGGACUCUUGUGUGACAGGUCACCAUUGCCAUGUCAUGUAGCAGCUCCCCAUUGAAAUUCUUGAUGGAAGGAAGCUGCUACACGAGGGUGGCUUCCCACUGGGAGAAGGUGGAACAAAACCAAGCAAUCAGCACCCGUUUGGAAACUAAAACCCACCCUUGUUGAGGAUAUGGUGUUUUGGUUAGUUUCCACUGAAUAUACAACUGCACAUAUGCCACUCCAGAUUUGAAUGUGGUAGAGAGUCACUGGAUGUUUUGGAGGGGUUUCCGCCCCUAUAACACCCAAACAGGUACCCUUGAAGGUAUCAAUGCAAUCCAUUUUGAUUUUUAUUGUAAUGCAUGCAUGUUGAUGUAAUGGGGCAAGUGAUUGCGUGCAUCCGUAGGGGAUAGUCCCACCUCAGAAAUCGGGCGGGGACACCGUGUUGUAAAAAAGAAGAAGAAGAAAAUAGUAUGCAUGUUGAUGAUAAUCCAUGCAUUUAGUUGUCCUUCUACCUCCUCAUUUCAGAUUGGUCAUUUUCAGAAUUUUGGUGGAUGUGGGAUUUUCUCCAUAAGAGUGAUUUGAUUUUCU